GAACCUUACCCCUACUCUAACCAAGUCACAAUGGCUGAAGCUCUGAAGGGGAUCAGGCAACCGGACCCAGGAGGAGAGGAGGAAGUCCAAGAAGAGUUGGAUGCCGGUUAUCCCUAUUCCAACUUACCUGACUUCACCCAGCCAUCACCGCCCUCCACUCCAGCCAGCCUCCCCUCGAACCAUCGCUGCGGGCCCUCCGAUGCCACCAAGGGUCUGUUUGUGGCCUUGCUAGGUGGAGGACUGUCUGCUGGCUUCGUGGGCCCGUUCUCCCGUAUGGCUUACCAGACCUCCCACUUGCCCUCGCUGGAGCUGCUCAUCUUUCGAUGCCUCUUCCACCUCCCCAUUGCCUUGUUACUUAAGUUUCGUGGUGACCCACUGCUGGGACCUCCUGAUGUUCGGGUUCGGGCCUUCUUUCAUGCCAUGCUCAACGUCCUCAGCAUUGCAUGUGCCUACAGUGCGGUCCAGGUGGUGCCUGCAGGCAACGCGGUCACUGUUCGCAAAGGUUCUUCCACCGUGUGCUCGGCCCUCCUCGCACUCUGCCUUGAGAGCCAGGGUCUCAGUGGCUACGCCUGGUGUGGCCUGUUUGGCAGCACCCUUGGACUAAUCAUCAUUGUGGGACCUGGACUAGGGACAUUGCAAGAGGGGACUACAGGCCUCUACACAGCCCUGGGCUACGUACUGGCUUUCCUGGGAGGUCUGGCGCUGUCACUGGGGCUACAGGUUUACCGCUCUCUACACUUCCCCUCCUGCUUACCAACAGUGGCCUUCCUCUUCGGCCUGGUGGGGCUGAUGGUCUCUUUACCGGGCCUCUUUGUGCUGCAGACACCGGUGCUACCCCAAGACCCUCUGAGCUGGAGCUGUGUGGUGGCCGUGGGGCUCCUUGCCUUGGUUUCUUUUGUGUGUGUGAGCUACGCGGUCACCAAGGCCCACCCUGCCCUGGUAUGUGCUGUCCUGCACUCCGAGGUGGUGGUAGCAUUGAUGCUGCAGUAUUAUGUGCUCUAUGAGGCCGUGGCACCCUCUGACAUCAUGGGAGCAGGGGUUGUGCUGGGCAGCAUUGCCAUCAUCACCGCCCAGAACCUCAGCUGUGAGAAGGAAGGGCAAAUGGAGGAGUGAAAUCGAACUGGAGAGCCCGGGGGAGGGUGGGGCAGGGGUAAUAGGAGAGACUGGAAUAAAAACUAUGGAAGCACACAUGCCUCAAAAAGAACUGGUGUGGAGGGCCAGUGGGAUGGCUCCGCAGGCAAAGGCUGGUGCUUCGAAGCCUGAGUUCCAUCUCACAUGGUAGAGGAAGAGAGCUGACGUCUACAAACGAUCCUUUCUACGUGUGCGCUGUGGUCUGCUCACACCCACACACACACAAUAAAACAUGUAAAGACAAAAGAGAAGGAUGCCCUGGGAUUCAAGGGUGACUUGGGACUUGAUGGAGAGGAAAGACCUGAAGCAAGACUAGGAAGCCAGGGCAUGGGCUUGAGGCUGGGCCCAGGGAUAAUGGCAUAAUUAAGCUGUGAGGUCUCAGAUCCAAGGGACUGAGGACGUCUGGUAGCGGGCCACGGUGGAUAAUCCCACAGACAGGAAAGAGAAGAGCAUCAGGGAUGAAGUAUGCAGGUUGUCUGGCAAACAGCAACUGCACUGGGGGAGGGGCGUGUUCCUUUUCCCUAGGGCUCCCUGUCCGGGUGGUGACGUAACACUGACAUCAAACAGGGAUCACUAAGGCUGUGCGGUCGGUGCGGUCGGUCGCGUUGGAGAGAGUGGAGACACGCUCUCGUUGGAGACCCCCUUGAGACACUCCGCCGCCCCCUUCUUUCUGAAAGGUGGAGGAUUUCCUAAACGUUCACAUUCCUUGACCUCGAAUUCCCAAGGACUUUCGUCUUCUGCCCCCACCACUAAUCUGCUUUUCUCGGAUUGUCGCGGUCGCGUGACCCGCGGCUCUCGGGUAGCAGCCAUCCCUCUUCCAGAACAGCUUUCAAGCCGGAGGUCCGAGGCCAGGGGCUCCGCGUGGCCCUCCACGAGAGGACAGGAGGGGCCCCGCCAUCCUGGGAGGCCUCUCGACAAAUACCGACGUCCCGCCGCUCGGGCGCGCCAUCUUGGUACAGUCUUAUGCAUAUUCAGCGAGAAACUGAAUAUUCAGGCCCGCGGGCCGGCCCGUCGCUCCCGCCCUCUCCGGAACACCCUCGGGAGGGCCCGACCGGCCCCGCCUCCGUGGCCGCGGCGUAGAACGAACCACUUUCCGGGCGUGUGGGGGGAGGCAGCGGUGAGACACUUGGGCUGAAAACGAGCCUGUACUCCACCGCCGGGGACGGGCGGCCUAACGUGGCCCUCGACUCUGCAAGCCGGCAGCCUGAGCGCACGGGGAGUCGGCGGGGGCGCGGCGGCGGCGGGAGCAGGAAGAUUCUCCUCCUCUUGUCACGUCAAAAGAACACCCAACCAGCGGGCCGCAGCCCGAGGGUCAACAACCCGGGCUCGCGCGCUCCGUGCCGGCCGGUGCGGGCGGCCCCGUAGCGCAAGGGAGGGCGGGAGAGGAAGGGGCGGGACACGAGGGCGAGUCUAUAAAAGGCGUCAUUCAGCCAGGUCUCUCCUCAGAAGCGCCGAGAGCGCGGCCGGGACGGUUGGAGAAGAAGGUGGCUCCCGGGAGGGGGAGAGACAAACUGCCGUAACCUCCGCCGUUCGGGAUCCCGGUUACUUAUUUAUUCGUUACCCCCUUCUCUUCUUCCUCCCUCCCAAAACCUCCUCCUUUCCUCCCUUCUUUUGUUUCCUUUUGGGGGAGCCGAAAAAAUCUCCGGAAAGGGAGAAAAGGCUUUCUUUCCGCCCUCUUCGCUUCCCCGCCUCCUCCCCUCCCCCACCUCCCCCCCCCC